GUUUUUGACAAGACGUCAUCGCACAUUUGUCAUGUUUUUUUAUGGUGUAACUAUAGUCAAAUUCUUCGAUUAAAGUAGUUUAUUAGUGCGUUUAUUUAUUAAAAAAUAUGAUAUAAAUAAGGCUGCCAUUAAAUAAACAAUUAUGGAUGAAAAUAAUAGAACAAGGGGGACUGAUUUAGUCGUAGAUAGUUUUCGAAGUGAUGAAACAGGGUACGAUAGAGCUCGGAUGCGAAGACAAUCAGGUGGAUUCGUAGAUUUAGGUAACGAAUCACAGUAUGGUACAGGUGGACAUCAAGCUUCUAGUGCCAAUGAAAUUUUUGCAGAUGUUCAGGGUGAUGUGCCGUGGUGGAAAUCUAAUUUUUUUAUAUCACAGCCGGUUCUCUUUGGAACUUGGGAUGGAGUUUUUACAUCAUGUCUGAUAAAUAUUUUUGGGGUCAUUGUAUUUUUAAGAUCAGGUUGGAUGGUUGGACAGGCUGGCUUGGUGAAUACAAUACUUAUACUUUUAUUUACAGUGUUUGUGGCACUGAUUUCUGUUUUAUCAGCUGUGGGAAUAUGUGAAAGAUGUAGAAUAGAAAGUGGUGGAGUGUAUUUUAUAUUGGCUCAUACAUUGGGCUCUAGACUCGGGGGUGCAUUAGGAAUGGUUUAUUGUUUCGGCCAGGCUGUAGGAUGUGCCUUAAAUGUGUUUGGGUUUGGUGAAUCAAUGGCAGAUUUAGUGGGCACGGAAAAUACAUGGGCAGCCCGUGGCUUCGCCGUUGCAGCUGUGCUUUUGCUAGGCACCAUUAACAUUGCUGGUGUAAAAUGGGUUAUAAAACUUCAAUUUGUCUUACUUUUAAUUAUUUUGUUGGCUGCUGUAGACUUCUUUGUUGGAUCUUUUACAACAGUGCCUGGUGUUGAAUUUAAAGGCUGGCUCGGUGGCACAAUGGCUAAUAAUACUUGGGCUAACUAUCAAGAUAAUUAUACCUGGUUUAAGUGCUUUGGCGUUUUUUUUCCAACUAUCACUGGAAUUCUAGCUGGUAUCAACAUGAGUGGAGAUUUAAAAAAUCCUUCUAUCAACAUUCCAAAUGGUUCCUUAGCUGCUAUAGGAACAGGAACUUUUUUAUAUUUAAUGUUUGUAAUAACAUUAGCAGCAACUGUAACAAGAGAUGCAUUACUAACAAAUUUUUCAAUAACUGCUGACAUCUCUGCAGUAAAAGUUUUGCUUCUAGCUGGACUGUAUGUUAGUUCAAUGAGUUCAUGUCUUGGCGCUAUGUAUGGGACGCCUAGAGUUUUACAAAGUAUAGCUAAUGAAAAGGUCAUCCCUGGUCUCGAAGUACUCGGUCAUGGGAGAGGUCCAAAUAAAGUUCCUAUUUAUUCAAUGGUUGUAGUAGCAGUAGUGACAGUAACAUUUAUAAUCAUUGGAGACAUAAACAAGCUUGCACCAAUUGUCACGAUGCCUUUUCUUAUUACAUAUGCUAGCAUAGAUUAUUCUUAUUUUGCUCUCGCCCAAACAUUUGAUUUGCAACAUAAACGAGAAAUGAGAUUUCAGGGUCAAUCACAAAGAGACAUGCAGGUUUAUGGAGCAACAGGUAGUGAUUUGGAUCUGCUAUUCCCUGAAAGGAUAAGACACAAAAAUGUUGGGGAUUUUACUCCAUCUCCAACUGAUUCAGCCAUUAUGAAUGGACGUAUGGCGUCGAAUGGUGAUGUUCGUCGACCAAAUGUCAACGUUCAUUCAAAAAACAAAAAUUGGUACUCACACCUAUGCAAUAGAUGGCUGUCAUUAAUAGGGGUAGCAAUAAAACUGCUGUUAAUGGUGUUGGUGCAUUGGAUGUAUGCUCUUGGUUGUUUGUCUAUCUUAUGGUUGAUAUGGCUUUAUAUUGGCGCGGCUAAUCCUGCCGUGAAGCCGGGUCGAGCUUCCGAAUUCAGAUUUUUCCAUUGGGUUAAAAUAGCUUUCCUUCAAGCUAUUGGUAAGCGACCCUUGGAGUAUGAGCAGUUGGUAGUAACACCAGUUCAUGCGGACAUUUCUAUGGAACAAGAGAGAUUAAAUGAUGACAACGAAGAUUUUGCGUCGCGAAGACGCUAUCAUCAAUCUACGGCACUGCAAAGUCAUCUCGUUAGUGUGGAUACGUAAACAAGAUAAGAUUAACAUAGACUUUGACUUGGGUUGUCUAGAUAUCUGUAAAAAAGUUAAGUUUUUAUACUUUAUUUAUACAUCAUGCAACUAUGAUAUCACUACUGUUACUAGUAUUAAUUACUAUGAAGUAGCAUUUUGCUCUAAGUCGUUUUUGGGAUUUGAAAAUGUAUUAAAAUAAAAUAAGUGAGAUUAUUCCACGCUGCAUUAUUUUAGGACAUAUAUUUUUUACUAUUAAAUAAGUAAAUAACAUCAGAUAAAAAAUGCUUCGACUGAUUUUUGGAUAUUUAGCUAAUUAACAUUGUAUUUAUUAAGCUAAAAAGUGAUAAUAAAACAAUUUACGCCUUUUUGUGAAUACUGUAAUAUAACGGCUAAUAAAUGUAAAAUCCAGUUUUUAAAUUUAUUUUUAGUAGUAGAUAAUGUUUAGCUAAA